AUGGUCCUGUUCAAACGAAAGCCCGUUACAUACCUCCCGCAGCCGGUCAUCGAAGAUGAGAGCUCCGAGGUUUGGGUUAUCCCAGAAACCAACGAGGUCUUCACCAGCUAUGAUCCGUAUCUCCAGCGAAUGGACUUUUACAAGCAACGCCGAUUCAUUUGUGAGAUCACGGGCCAUUCGGGCAUGAACUUCUUUGAGGCACUUCGGAGUGAGACAGAAGAAUCACGCGAGGUCAAUAAUAGCUUCCCUGAGGCUUUGAAGGAGCCAAUAUUGCGCCGAAUCCAGUUCUCGACGGUUUCUCGGGUUGAUAACUUGGUGGACGAAAUUUAUGAAGAAUUCAAGUCGGACUUCUAUCCCGGAGAAGCUGUUCUUAUCCUGCUGGAAGAUAACAGUAGACUCCACGGGACCAUCAGGGACAAGGCUAAUUUUGCUGAACAACUAUAUGCUGAUGGUACCAUCAAGACUCCGGCCUUCGCCCGGUACCUUGUGAAGGUUUCAGACCGACCAAACGAAGAGGCCCUGCUGGACCAAAACCACAUCACGCGGGACCGAAAAGCUUUCACCAAGUUGAUGCUUCGCGGCUUCAUCAAAAAUAACGUUACUCGAGAGGCCUGGACUGGCGCACCCUGGCUGGUAAAGCCGUCGAUCGCGGAGGAGUACAAGAUCUCCACCGAGGUCCCGAAGCACUUGCAGUACGGUGCCAAGAUUGCUGAGAAGAAGGCAAUGAAGAAAGCGGGUGAAGACGGUUUCUUCGGAAUUUUCUCUUCGCAACAAUUGCCUGAACUGAAGCCCGCCGUGAAGGGUCAAAAGUCCAAGAUGUCCGCGCAGGAAAUGGCCAAGUCCCGUGAAGCGCAAUAUCAGGAGUACCAGCGAUCCCUCAACGGCAACCCUUCGUUCCUGCCGCCCCAUAAUCCUCUCCGUCCGUCCAAGUCACCGAUGCUUGGCGACAAGAAGAUGCAUCCGCCAUCGGUUGUUAUCAAGAACGAGUCACGGCCAUCUUCGCCUCCUCCGAUUCGGUACCCUAUGGAGGAUCUGGAGCUGGCUCCUAUUCAUGAAAGAAAGCCGCGACCCGCUUUGAAGUUCGUGAAGUUAGGCGAGUCGGAUGACGACGAUACCGAAGAUCUCCUACCAGACGACCUGGAGCCUGACUCUGUCGGAUUGCUCUUGGAAAUAUGGACCACUCUUAAUGUCUACUGCGAGGUCUAUAAGCUAGAUUCGUUCACUUUUGACGAUUUCCUCCAGGCUAUGCGCUUUUCAUCAGAAGAGAUGGACUGCGAGCUAUUCGUGGAAAUGCACUGUGCCAUUUUGAAGAAGCUUGUGAAUGCGGAGGGCAAAGAUGGGGGUGCGAUCCAAGUCUCCCUUCCUGAUUUCCCUGCAGACGACUCGGACGGUUCUGAAGAGGAAGAGGAGGACGAGCAGGAGGAAGAUGAGGGAGAGGAAGAGCCGGCGCCCCGGGCUACGAGAAUGACCACCCGAGGCAGUCUGGCCAAAAAAGAAGCGAAUGAGAUCAAAUCAAACAUUGAAGAGGACGAGCCCGAAGAUGAGCGUAUCCAUCGCGCGGAGGAGAUGCUCGAGAAAAUCGGCUGGAUUGAGCGUCUUCGCCGGCGAGACUUCCGCAAUGGGGGCUGGGAAAUGGUCAUGGUUGGUCUCUUGCACCAGCUGUCUGUUCUUCCCCGGUCGGAGAAGAUUUGCAACGAGAUUUUGCAGCAUCUUGCCCCUCUUGACAUGCCUGCCACUCAGAAGACUGCGCGCGAGCAGUACCGCACUCUUGGUAUUAACCUGCGGAUCAAGGCUCUUCAGAUGAUCUGCAUGCUGAGCUUGGAGACCAAGGCUAUCAAAAACUACCUGGAGGAAUGCAGUAAUCAGAUGACGGAGGUCCGCAAAGAGAAGAUCGAGCACCAGAAGGGACGCAAGGCCGCCCUCGCUGAACUCCGCCUGUUGCAUCAAGACCGGAAGGCGCUCGCCCCAGAGCCCGAAAAGGGCGCUGUUGCAAAGUCGCCCACACCUAUCCCCGAGCUCGAGGAUGGUAUGGAUGACUCCAAGAUGACCGGCCUCGACGGUGACUCGGAAAUGCCUCUGGAUACCGAGGACGAGGAUACUCCUCGGCCGCGAGCUCUACGUGGCGGAGUUGAUCGUGCUCUGGAGCGGAAACGCAAACAGGAGGUGGAGCGUGAACGCAAGGAACAACUGGCCAAGCAGCCUAAAGGCUCCAAGGCAUACCAGAAAGUCCUGAAAAAGAUUGAGGAACAAAAGACCUUGAUCAAAGAGUUCGAAGCGAAGAUUGAAGUAUGUGAGAAUGACCUGCGUGAGGCGGACUGCCCACGAACGAAAUGUCUAGGCCUCGAUCGUUUCUGCAACCGCUACUGGUGGUUUGAGCGCAACGCUAUGCCCUACGAAGGUAUGCCCACUAGCUCUACCGCCGAGGCAAAGUACGCCAACGGCCGGGUCUGGGUUCAGGGUCCAGAUGAAAUGGAAGUCUCGGGCUUCAUCAACUUGACCGACGAGCAACGCAAACAGUACUACAAGCACUUCCAGACUACGCCCGCAGAGCGCAGGAGCCUUGAAGAAGGCCCUACGCAUGUCACCAAUGCACGAGAGUGGGCCUACUACGAAGAUGCCGAGAUGAUCGAGCAGCUCAUAGACUGGCUCGACCCGCGUGGUAACCGCGAAUGCAAGUUGCUUAAGGAACUCAUGAGCCAACGCGAGGUCAUCACCAAGUACAUGCAGAAUCGCCAGGAAUACUUGAACGAGACUCGCGACAGGGCCGAAUCCGAGGAGAUGCCGACCAAGCGUGUCACUACCCGCACUAAGACCUACGUGGACACCAAUGCGCACCGUCUUCGCUGUCUGCGCUGGCGAAACACCACUGCUUUGACCGAACUUGGCCACCUUCACGUGGAUCCUGACCGACCCCUCAGACGCAAGCGAGCGUCCUCUGCCGCUGAUUUGCGCGAGACCAAGGCAACCCGGGGUAAGCCGUUGACCCGCCGUGGAUCGCGGCGCGGACGGGGAUAA